AUGGGGAAAUGGUUUGAAAACUUGCGAUGUUAUAAAGUGGGGGUCGUUCGACCGGUCGGUUCUGUUCCCCAGGAAUCCGCGCUCCCUCUCCUGCGCUCCGCGCUCCCUCUGCUGAGCUCCCUCCCCUGCGCUCCGCGCUCCCUCUGCUGAGCUCCCUCCCCAGGAAUCCGCGCUCCCUCUGCUGAGCUCCGCGCCGGCUCCAGGUUCCGGGGGAGGAGGCGCCGGCAGAGGAAACAGAAACUAACGCUUCAUGUGAUUUCGGGGAAAGGGGCGGGACUGCGGGCCGAGCGGCCGGCGGGAACGCUGCUGCCCUUGGACACCGCCCAACAGCCGGAGCGGUGACGGGGGAGGAAUUCCCAGCGCCCGCUGCGGGAGCAAUAAAACCCGCCGCCCGGAGCCGGGCUGUGGAGGGAGCUGCGCAUAGUCGCUUGGAUGGGGAAGCAGAGGAUGAACCCGCACAAACCACAGCUGCGACCGUGGCUGAUCGAGCAGAUCAACAGCGGCCGCUACCAGGGGCUGCGCUGGAUCAACGAGCAGAGGAACGCGUUCCGCAUCCCCUGGAAACACGCGUCCCGCCACGACCUGUCCGAGGACGAUUACCGCAUCUUCAAGGACUGGGCCAUCGCCAGCGGCAGGUUCAGUGGGGUGGAUGCCAGCGACCCUCCCAGGUGGAAAACCAACUUCCGAUGUGCGCUCAACAGCAACGAGUCCUUCCGCAAGCUGGCUGACCACUCAAAGGAGUCCUCGGACCCGCACAAAGUCUACUGCAUCGUAGACCACCACCCCGGUGUGGCCCUGGUUUCAGAUGGAGGGGCCAGAGCCGUCGACGGGGACGAGGAGCUGGAGUCCAUCCUGUACUUCAGCCCUGAGACCGAGCUGUCCCAGCCCAGCUUCACCCCGCUGACUGCCCCCUACCCACAGGAGCCUGUGGAAGAUGUGAUGCCACACUUUGGGUUGAUGAGCUUGUCUGACAGUCCUGGAGAUCAACUGGCUCCGAGUCCUGGGCACCUGCCCAACCUCUACACCCAGCCGGGAAAGGUGCCUUCCAGCGGCUGCCUGCCCCUGGGAACUGCUCCACAGGAAACUCCGGGCCAGCUCCCUGCUCAGGCAGUGCCUGGAGACCAACGAUGGGAACCGAUGCUGGCCCCUGUACGCGGUGGAGUGCCGAACCUUGGCCAGGAGGGACCUCUGCAGCUGCCUGCUCCGGUCCAGCUGCAGCCCCCAGGCCCAGGAGUGCUGCCUGGGCCAGGAGGGCAGCUGUCUGCUCUGGUUUCCAGCGAUCUGGACAUCACCAUCUACUACAGAGGCAAGCAGGUCCUCCAGACCACCGUCACCAACACCAAUGGCUGCCGGCUCUACUUCCAGCAGGAGGAUGAGAGGUUUGUUCAUCUCCAGCACAUCCAGUUCCCAGGCACGGAUGGUAUUUCCGAUCACAAGCAGAAGGACUUCACGGACCGUCUGCUGGCCAACAUGGAGGGCGGGCUGCUGCUGUGGCACACAGCUGGUGAUCUGCUGGCACAGCGGCUGGGCAAGUGCCAGGUAUUCUGGGCUCGCGCCGAGACCGGCCCUAACGAGGAGUCCCAGAAGCUGCACCGCAACGAGAUGACCAAAAUCUUCUGCCUGAAGGACUUUAUACUGGAUAUGAUUCAGUUCACGGAGCAGAGAGGCAGGGCCCCGCCGUGUGCAACCUUCCUGUGCUUCGGACAACAAUUCCUGGUGAGCGACCAGGCUAAGAAACUCAUCCUGGUCAAGGUUGUUCCUAAAGCCUGUGAGGUCCUCACUGAGAUCGCCCACCAAGGUGGCGCCUCGUCGCUGGACAGUGAGGACAUCAGCCUGCAGAUCUCCAGCUCGGCGUCACUGGACAGUCUGCUGGCCCUGCUGAGAGAGAUGGAGGACAUGGAGGUGGACCUGUAACAGGGCACGGAAUGCCUUCAGCGCAUGCCUGAAGCCAGCAUCUCAUUGUUCUGUCUGGCCCCCCGACUCCCGCGGCACCCAAGCUGUGGCGGGGCAGAGGGGCCGGCGUGUGCGGAGCUCCCCCCAUCGAUGGGGUUUGGGUCCCAACUGUGCCGCGCCCCCCCCCAACAGUUUGUACACUGUUCAUCUUCUGGGGCUGGGCAGAUCAUGCUGGGACGGGGGCAGUGAA